CCCAUCAACACAGAGUCACAUUAAUGCUGAAACUGCAGGUAUUUUAUAUCAGAAUAUCGGCUGUAGUUGUUACAACAUGCCAAGCAGGAGGGACGGGUGGAGAAGCCCAGAUACAGACGCCGAGGUGGAGCAGGUGCAGAUUUAAUGACAAAAACAAACAGAACACUUCCACAGGACACCGGCAGGCAGGCAGAUCCAAAGGAGAAAGCUGAACGACUAAGAGCGGCCAACGAGUCACAGUGUCAGUACAUUAAUAUCAAACAUAUUAAUGGUUGAUAACUAAUUUACUUUAUAUAACAGUUAGUUGUGGAAAAUAAUUUUGCCCAGUUUGAAUGUUUCCUCAGAGCUGCAGACGGUCUGGAUUUCAUCUGGACAACAUCUUAAUGAGCGAAACACUGACACAUAACUGCAGGAUAUUACCAAGUUAUUAAAGGAGAUGCCAGAGACGGCCGGUGAGACUGUGACAUGUGGAGAGCACCAACCUCAACCACAGCGUGACAAGAUCCAACAGCCUCCUCCUCCUCCUCCUCCUCCUCCUCCUCCUCCUCAGACCAGGAAUGUGGUGUCACCGCCCGCCUCAGGACGUCAGUGCUGGAGCGCUAUGGAAGGCAUUAGGCAGAAGCAGCAGAGGCCGUCGGUGCUGCGCCAGGUUUCCCAAACAGCCUCCAGGCGACAGCACGUCGAGCGUCCGCAGAUCAAAGGCCUACAUCAGUGCUUUCUUCCCCUAGUGCAUCCAGGUAACAGUGCAGCCGUCUCCAUUUGCAAGGAAGAGGUGGAUGCAGGCCAUCUUCCCCCGUCCUCUUCGCCACACAUGGGCUCCUCUGCCAGGCAAAGCCAUCUCUUCUUCCCCCUGAGGAGAGACGGCCCAAAGCAGAGCUCCAUCGAGGCCCGGCUUCACGAUAGCCUCCCCGAGGGCGCCAGUGCUCUGUUUGUGAGAGGCCUCUGCCGCUGGCCGGGCUGUGAAGCGGUGUCUGAAGAUUUCCCUAGUUUCUUAAAGCAUCUCCACUCUGAGCACAGUCAUGGUGACAGAAGCAUCGCCCAGUGGAGGGUCCAGCAAGACCUCGUUCAGUGCAUGGAGAGUCAGCUCAUCCUGGAAAAACAGAAACUCUUGGCGAUGCAGCUUCAUCUGCACCUCUCUGAACACAAAUUCACUGAUUUGAAGGCAGCGUCCGAGUGGCCGUACAGCCUUCCUCUGUUCCUGCCGCAGCCUCCGGGAGCAGACGGAGACAGAGUGCAGCAAUGGGGCGUUAAACAGCUGGAGGAGUUGUCCCAACAUGGCUACAGAGCUGCUGGCUCUGUCCACCUUCUGCCAGAUUUGGUCCCCAGCAUCGAAUGUUACAAAUACAACAACAUCCGGCCUCCGUACACCUACGCCUACCUGAUACGAUGGUCCAUCCUGGAGUCUCCGGACAAACAGCGCACUCUGAAUGAGAUUUACAACUGGUUCACUACCAUGUUCUUCUACUUCAGACACAACACUGCUACCUGGAAGAAUGCAGUGCGGCACAACCUCAGCCUACACAAGUGUUUUGUGCGCGUGGAGGGAGGAAAGGGAGCUGUGUGGACGGUGGACGAGACGGAGUACCAGAGGAGGAAAGGCCAGAAGUAUCACAGGGACUGCCCUGUGAAGUGGCUCAAGUCGUACUCCCAUUACUGCCCGGAGGAGCCAUGAACACCAGCCGGUGGCCUACAUACAGACCUGCAUGAAGAACUGAAGCAUCUGAGGAGAAAUGUCUGUUUUUUAUUUUGUAUUAUUUUCACACGACUUGUUAAACGUGGCUGUUUGUUACGUAACGAUACGUUGUACCUGACAGCAGCUUUUGUAUUCACUUCAUUUCUAAUUCCAAAAGAAGUUUUGCUAAAUAAACGACGCCAACAUUUGUGGGUGUUUUGUCUUCA